CCCCUCGCCCCCGUUGGGGUUGGCAUCGGGGCUGACACUGGGACUGUGGUUGUGCCCCUUUGCCAGAUGGAGGAAACUUGCACAUAACUUCAAAAGAAGAUUUGAUACUUUAUUUCUGGACUGCAUAUAUAUAACAAGACCAUCAGAAUGUCGGGAGCCUCAGUGAAGGUGGCUGUGCGGGUUCGGCCCUUCAAUUCUCGAGAGACCAGCAAAGAGUCCAAGUGCAUCAUUCAGAUGCAAGGCAACUCGACCAGUAUUAUUAACCCAAAGAACCCAAAGGAAGCUCCAAAGUCCUUCAGUUUCGACUACUCCUACUGGUCGCACACCUCGCCUGAAGAUCCCUGUUUUGCAUCUCAAAACCGCGUGUACAAUGACAUUGGAAAGGAAAUGCUCUUACAUGCCUUUGAGGGCUAUAACGUCUGUAUUUUUGCCUACGGGCAGACUGGUGCUGGGAAAUCUUAUACAAUGAUGGGUAAACAAGAAGAAAGCCAGGCUGGCAUCAUUCCACAGUUGUGUGAAGAACUGUUCGAGAAAAUCAACGACAACUGUAAUGAAGAAAUGUCUUACUCUGUAGAGGUGAGCUACAUGGAAAUUUACUGUGAAAGAGUACGAGACCUGCUGAAUCCAAAAAACAAGGGUCAUUUGCGUGUGCGUGAACAUCCGCUUCUUGGCCCAUAUGUGGAGGAUCUGUCCAAGCUGGCAGUCACUUCCUACACAGACAUUGCUGACCUCAUGGAUGCUGGGAACAAAGCCAGGACAGUGGCAGCUACCAACAUGAAUGAAACAAGUAGCCGUUCCCAUGCUGUGUUUACCAUUGUUUUCACCCAGAAGAAACAUGAUACUGAGACCAACCUUUCCACUGAGAAGGUCAGUAAAAUCAGCUUGGUGGAUCUAGCAGGAAGUGAACGAGCUGAUUCCACUGGUGCCAAAGGGACUCGAUUAAAGGAAGGAGCAAAUAUUAAUAAGUCUCUUACAACUCUGGGCAAAGUCAUUUCAGCCUUGGCAGAGGUGGAUAACUGCACCAGCAAGAGUAAGAAGAAAAAGAAAACUGAUUUUAUUCCCUACAGGGAUUCUGUACUUACUUGGCUCCUUCGGGAAAAUCUAGGUGGUAAUUCUCGGACUGCAAUGGUUGCUGCUCUGAGCCCAGCAGAUAUCAACUAUGAUGAAACUUUGAGCACUUUGAGAUAUGCAGAUCGUGCAAAGCAAAUUAAAUGCAAUGCUGUUAUCAACGAGGACCCCAAUGCCAAACUGGUUCGUGAAUUGAAGGAGGAGGUGACGCGGCUGAAGGACCUUCUUCGUGCUCAGGGACUGGGAGAUAUUAUUGAUAUUGAUCCAUUGAUCGAUGAUUACUCUGGAAGUGGAGGCAAAUAUCUGAAAGAUUUUCAGAACAAUAAGCAUAGGUACUUGCUAGCCUCUGAGAAUCAACGCCCUGGCAAUUUUUCCACAGCGUCCAUGGGGUCUCUUACUUCAUCUCCAUCUUCCUGCUCACUCAGUAGUCAGGUGGGCUUAACAUCUGUGACCAGUAUUCAGGAGAGGAUCAUGUCUACACCUGGAGGAGAGGAAGCCAUUGAACGCCUAAAGGAAUCGGAGAAGAUCAUUGCUGAGCUGAAUGAAACCUGGGAAGAGAAGCUGCGUAAAACAGAGGCCAUCAGAAUGGAGAGAGAGGCCUUAUUGGCGGAGAUGGGAGUUGCCAUUCGAGAAGACGGAGGAACCCUGGGAGUUUUCUCACCAAAGAAGACCCCACAUCUGGUUAACCUCAAUGAAGACCCACUCAUGUCCGAGUGCCUGCUUUAUUACAUCAAAGAUGGAAUUACCAGGGUUGGCCAAGCAGAUGCUGAGCGGCGCCAGGACAUCGUGCUGAGUGGGGCUCACAUUAAAGAAGAACAUUGUAUCUUCCGGAGCGAGAGAAACAACAGUGGGGACGUUAUCGUGACCCUAGAGCCCUGUGAACGCUCAGAGACCUAUGUAAAUGGCAAGAGGGUGGCCCAGCCCGUUCAGCUGCGCUCAGGAAACCGUAUCAUCAUGGGUAAAAAUCAUGUGUUUCGUUUCAACCACCCGGAGCAAGCACGGGCAGAGCGAGAGAAGACUCCUUCUGCGGAGACCCCCUCUGAGCCUGUGGACUGGACGUUUGCCCAGAGAGAACUUCUGGAAAAACAAGGGAUUGAUAUGAAGCAGGAGAUGGAGAAAAGGCUACAGGAGAUGGAGAUCCUGUACAAAAAGGAGAAAGAAGAAGCAGAUCUUCUUUUGGAGCAGCAGAGACUGGACUAUGAGAGUAAGUUGCAGGCCUUGCAGAAGCAAGUUGAGACCCGCUCCCUCGCUGCCGAGACGACGGAAGAGGAGGAAGAGGAGGAAGAAGUCCCUUGGACACAACAUGAAUUUGAGCUGGCCCAGUGGGCCUUCCGGAAAUGGAAGUCUCACCAGUUUACUUCAUUAAGGGACUUACUCUGGGGCAAUGCUGUUUACCUGAAGGAGGCCAACGCCAUCAGUGUGGAACUGAAGAAGAAGGUGCAGUUCCAGUUCGUUCUGCUGACCGACACCUUGUACUCCCCUCUGCCUCCGGAGUUACUUCCCACUGAGGUGGAAAAAACUCACGACGACAGGCCUUUCCCGCGGACGGUGGUGGCGGUAGAAGUGCAGGAUCUGAAGAAUGGAGCGACACAUUAUUGGUCUUUGGAGAAACUCAAGCAGAGGCUGGAUUUGAUGCGAGAGAUGUAUGACAGAGCAGGUGAGGUGGCCUCUGGUGCCCAGGAUGAAAGCGAAGCCACCGUGACUGGCAGCGAUCCAUUUUAUGAUCGAUUCCAUUGGUUCAAAUUGGUAGGAAGCUCCCCCAUUUUCCACGGCUGUGUGAACGAGCGCCUUGCGGACCGCACACCCUCCCCCACUUUUUCCACGGCCGACUCCGACGUCACUGAGCUGGCUGACGAGCAGCAAGACGACAUGGAGGAUUUUGAGGAUGAGGCGCUCGUGGACGACACCGGCUCUGACGCAGGGACGGAGGAGGGAUCAGAGCUCUUCAGUGACGGGCAUGACCCGUUUUACGACCGAUCCCCAUGGUUCAUUUUAGUGGGAAGGGCAUUUGUUUACCUGAGCAACCUGCUGUAUCCUGUGCCCCUGAUUCACAGGGUGGCCAUUGUCAGUGAGAAGGGUGAAGUGCGGGGAUUUCUGCGUGUGGCUGUGCAGGCCAUUGCAGCGGAUGAGGAAGCUCCUGAUUAUGGCUCCGGAAUUCGACAAUCAGGAACAGCUAAAAUAUCUUUUGAUAACGAGUACUUUAAUCAGAAUGACUUUUCUUCCGUGGCAAUGACUCGUUCUGGUCUGUCUCUGGAGGAACUGAGGAUUGUGGAAGGGCAGGGUCAGAGUUCUGAGGUCAUCACUCCUCCAGAAGAAAUCAAUCGAAUGAAUGACUUGGAUUUGAAGUCAGGCACUUUGCUGGAUGGUAAGAUGGUCAUGGAAGGGUUUUCUGAAGAGAUCGGCAACCACCUGAAACUGGGCAGCGCCUUCACUUUCCGCGUGACAGUGCUACAGGCCAGUGGGAUCCUUCCGGAGUACGCAGACAUCUUCUGUCAGUUCAACUUUUUGCAUCGCCAUGAUGAAGCGUUCUCCACCGAACCCCUCAAAAACAACGGCAGAGGAAGUCCUCUGGGCUUUUAUCACGUGCAGAAUAUUGCAGUGGAGGUCACUGAAUCAUUCGUGGACUAUAUCAAAACCAAGCCGAUAGUAUUUGAAGUCUUUGGGCAUUAUCAGCAGCACCCGCUUCAUCUGCAAGGACAGGACCUUAACAGCCCGCCUCAGCCAUCUCGACGCUUCUUCCCUCCGCCCAUGCCGCUCUCCAAGCCAGUUCCAGCUACCAAGUUAAACACCAUGAGCAAAACCAGCCUUGGCCAGAGCAUGAGCAAGUACGAUCUUCUGGUUUGGUUUGAGAUCAGUGAACUGGAGCCUACAGGAGAGUACAUCCCAGCCGUGGUUGACCACACAGCAGGCUUGCCCUGCCAGGGGACAUUUUUGCUUCACCAGGGCAUCCAGCGAAGGAUCACGGUGACCAUUAUCCAUGAGAAGGGGAGUGAGCUCCAUUGGAAGGAUGUUCGUGAGCUGGUGGUAGGCCGGAUCAGGAACAAGGCUGAAGUGGAUGAGGCUGCAGUCGAUGCUAUCCUCUCCCUAAAUAUUAUCUCUGCCAAGUACCUGAAGUCCUCCCACAACUCCAGCAGGACCUUCUACCGUUUCGAGGCCGUGUGGGACAGCUCCCUCCAUAACUCUCUCCUUCUGAACCGAGUGACACCCUAUGGGGAAAAGAUCUACAUGACCUUGUCAGCAUACCUAGAGCUGGAUCAUUGCAUCCAGCCGGCGGUCAUCACCAAAGAUGUGUGCAUGGUCUUCUACUCCCGGGACGCCAAGAUCUCGCCGCCACGCUCUCUGCGCAGCCUCUUUGGCAGCGGCUACUCGAAGUCACCGGACUCCAAUCGUGUCACUGGAAUUUAUGAACUCAGUCUAUGCAAAAUGGCAGACACGGGCAGUCCAGGCAUGCAGAGAAGGAGAAGAAAAAUCUUGGACACGUCAGUGGCCUAUGUGCGGGGAGAAGAGAACUUAGCAGGCUGGCGGCCCCGCGGGGACAGCCUCAUCCUUGAGCACCAGUGGGAGUUGGAGAAGCUGGAGCUCCUUCACGAGGUGGAGAAAACUCGCCACUUCCUGCUGCUGCGCGAGAGACUUGGUGACAGCAUCCCCAAAUCCCUGAGUGACUCACUGUCCCCCAGCCUCAGCAGUGGGACCCUCAGCACCUCCACCAGCAUCUCCUCUCAGAUCUCUACCACCACCUUUGAAAGUGCCAUCACCCCCAGCGAGAGCAGCGGCUACGACUCCACGGACAUCGAAAGCCUGGUGGAUCGAGAGAAGGAGCUGGCUACCAAGUGCCUGCAACUUCUCACGCACACUUUCAACCGGGAAUUCAGCCAGCUGCAUGGCAGCAUCAGUGACUGUAAGCUGUCUGAUAUCUCUCCUAUCGGACGGGAUCCGUCCGUGUCCAGCUUCAGCAGCGCCACCCUCACUCCCUCCUCCACCUGCCCGUCUCUGGUAGAAGCUCGGAGCAACUCUCAGGAGCAGAAGACCCCAGAAGCCAAUUCCCGGGCCUCUAGUCCCUGCCCAGAAUUUGAACAGUUUCAGAUUGUCCCAACUGUGGAAACACCCUAUUUGGCCCGUGCAGGAAAAAAUGAAUUUCUCAAUCUUGUUCCAGAUAUUGAAGAAAUUAGACCAGGCUCAGUGGUCUCUAAGAAAGGAUACCUGCAUUUCAAGGAACCGCUUUAUAGCAACUGGGCUAAACAUUUCGUCGUGGUCCGUCGCCCUUAUGUCUUCAUCUAUAACAGCGACAAAGACCCAGUGGAGCGUGGCAUCAUUAACCUGUCCACAGCACAGGUGGAAUACAGUGAGGACCAGCAGGCCAUGGUGAAGACACCUAACAUCUUUGCUGUAUGCACGAAGCAUCGUGGGGUCCUUCUACAGGCUCUCAAUGACAAAGACAUGAACGACUGGUUGUAUGCCUUUAACCCACUGCUUGCUGGCACGAUACGGUCGAAACUGUCCCGCAGGUGCCCAAGCGAACCGAAGUACUAAGUGACUCUGCCGAGCGCCCUCACUCGCCUUCGAGAGAUAAAGUCAGUGUUGCCCCUCACUUCUCUCUGUGAUUCUUGAUGGUCCCUCUCGUGUGUAAGCCUGUGGCGUAACUGCUUUCCCUCCUGUCAACACUCUUUCUCGCUCUUCUGGUCCCCGUCUCCGUUGCUCUGUAUCCUUCUUUUUUCCUGUGCUGAGAAUCGUGGUAAUAGCACGUGGCCUAACAAAAGGGAGAAAAACAAACGAACAAACACAAACGACCCAGAGGGGCUCCGGUGAAUCUCCAAAUUAUUUUUUCGUGACUUUUGGCUUCCUUUUGUAUGAUGGGUCCCCAUAUGACCACCUGUGAUGUCUGUACUGCUGUCUUUGGAUAUCUUGGUCUGUUUUUUAAGACAACAUAAUACCUUUUUUUCUUUUCUCUGUUUGUGAUAAUCACUUUAAUUUUGGGGGGUGGCUUCAGAGACUAAGGGAGGAAACAUCUGGCAUUUUUUUAAACCUAAAAGGAAAAAACUUACCUUUCCCUCUUCCCUCUCCUUUUGCCGUUGCUAAUCCCUGCAUUUUCCAUUCAGGGAAAAGGUUGUAGUGAGCUUGGAAAUGGCACAGGUGUGUUCUCUGAAAUUGGAGCUUCGUUAGAAUGUAGCUGUGCGGUUUUCUUUUAGUGGAAGAGAGAAGGGAGGACUUUGUAGCAGGCCUGGAACAGCGGGAAGGGAAAAGCCAAGGAUAUUGCCAGCACGGUUGAGAGGACCGUGGGAUCUGGCAACAGCUCAUGAAGGCGGACGGACGAUAGGAUGAGAGCAGUUCCUCAGAGCAGGAUUCCUGUGAACUGUUUUUCUCUCAGAAUUUCUCAUUUCUCUUCUUGGCAUUAGUGCUGGUGGUACAGUUUGGAAUUAGUGCAGCGUCAUACACCAAUGAUCCGCAAGGGGGGAGCGACUCACCUUCUGGGGGUCACUGUUACCAUCAUAAGUAUGGUGACGCCGAGCAGUGACCUUGUGAUCCUUGUAGCUCCCUUUGAUCGAACAAGCGUAACUUCAAGUGUAGACGCGAAGCCUCCCUCUGACUCCUGGACAUUUUCAAUGAUCCUUGUCAAGUGGAAAAUACUUUCAGUAAUGCUUCUCCCCCCUGUAAUCAUAAAUACGCAGACAUGGCAGGCUUUGCCUUCUGGAUCCCAGGAUUAAAACCACUCCCUUCCCACCACUAAAACCAAACAAGAGGACAUCCGGGGGCAGAGAGGAGGUGCGCCUGAGCCACGGCCCCAGUGGUUGGCUGCUGCAUCCGCCUGGCCUCUCCUCCUUGGCCAUCUUUGUCGGAUGUGGAAAUAUUGCCAGAGGAGGGAGGAGGAAGCUCGCUGCUGCCCAUCUCCUUCCCUGACGGAUCAGGGUCGUCUGCAUCCAGCAGCCAUCAUGGAAGAAGAUAGGUACUCUUUCUCUUUCAGCUGCCAGUUAAAGUCACGUUUUCUGGGAACGAGCUGGGGAAGAGACGGCCUCCAGGUUACUCCAGCUGCUUUGCCAGUUGACCUGGGGUGUUCUGUACUAUCCUUUUUACCUCCCUCACACAAAGCUCCGACCACCCCUCGAGCACUCAGGAAAGUAGCUGCCCUCUCCCACCUUGUGGAGACUGAGGGCCCCCAGCCGUGAAGUUGCCGACUCUGUGGGGUCCGGCCGACUGUCUGCGUCAGGCAGGACGGGGGCAGGGGCUGGUGCACGGUUGGUGCUGUGGACGAGAGCCGGGCAGCACGCCGGCCACAGACCCUUGCUUCUGACUUCCCGGUUGGGCUCGUCUCUGAGAACAGGUCUCCCGGCUUCGGUACAAUUGCCUGGCCAAGGGGAGGAAAAGUGAAUCGUGGUGAGCUUAAAAGAAAGGAUAGAAAUCACAGGCGGUGACCUUAGCUGAAAAGUGAUCAAUAAAAACUCUACAGUAGAUUUUUAACUUUUUUCCUCUCCUUAAACAUAGGUCAUUAACUGUGAUGUUACUUGUUUUCUAAGCGGUGUGUGAGAUUUUUAAUGUAGUUAGAGGUUCCUUCAUCGUCUAAUGGGCACGGUAUGCCCUUCUGGUGUAUACUCAAAUCCAGGACCUGUCGGUGCUUAGAGACAGCUUCUGGACUGGAAUGAAAUCCAGUUGCAGGGAAAUGAAGAUGAAAUUGGAAGAUGGCUUUUAGUGAAGUCACAGGUGCCACUGCUGUUUGUCACAGAGUCUGACAGAGGGCCCUGGAUCUGUGACAGAGGGAGGUGGGGAGGGCUGAGGGAGAGUAAAAUCAUGUGACAAACUGAAAUGACGUUUGGUUUUUCUUCUAACUCAAACAAAACUGGCUUGGAAAGUCUUUGCUUUGGAGGUGUCGGGUAUUAAGACAGGUAGGACCGGACCGUUCAUAACACCCCCCGAGGAAGAGGGCCUCCUGAGGAGCAGGACAUGUGAGGCCCGCAGGGUCUCAGGCAGGUGUGCUUCCCUCCAUCUGAGGACAGCCCUUGUUGGUGGCCCCUCUUCUUCCAGCGGCCCAUUUUCAGACUGGAGUUGCAACAGUUUCGGGAUUAAUGUUCUCUUUCUGGGUAGGUCCAUCCCUACUGUGAAGCUGAGAGAGCAUUUAUGGCAGGAACUGCUUACGAGGCUUUAGCUGAAGCCACGGUGGCAGGAAAGUUGAUACUUAAGAUGAUAUUAAUAUUAGUAUUUAAGGAAACUACCUUUUAAGUAAGGGGUUUCUUUUGUGGGUUUUUUUUUUCCUAAAGCAUUCUUUUAAACAAGCCAAAAAAAAAAAAAAAAAAACCCAAAACAAAAACAGAAAGAAAAAGCUCUUAUGCAAAUUAAGGAGAAAUGAGUUCCAGUUAGAAGUAAUCCUCUCUUCCCCUCCUUCCCCACCCUCCUUUCUCCUGCCAAAGCAAAAUUCGGCCUCACAGCCCACACCAAGCUGGGACCCACAGCCUCCUCCCCUCUGUGCCUGCCUGGGGGUCAGCCAGCUCUCGGGCCAGGCCGUGCAGGGCCAGCCAGCCGCGCACACAGCCAGGGGUGUGGGGAAGAGCCGCUGCUGGCAGCUUGGGUGGUGGGCGCCCAGAUCCCAGCACGUCGUUACAGUGCUCGAGCGCUCACUGCGAGGGGAAGGGAAGCGAUUCCCACCCCCUACCCCCCACUAAACGACCACUAUUGUUUUACUUUUCUUUUCCCUUCAGCUGCAUAGAACUUAAACAACUACUCAUGUUUUUGAUGGAUUUCUUUUUUCAGCUCUUUUAUGAUGAAGGGAUAAGGUAAGAUCAUUGUGCAAGGUCUUUAAGGCUCUAAAAUGAAAAUGACUUCCCCUGGCACAUAUUCCGAAGCAAAGACUUUGUUGCCUGCUGCUUGUUCUAAUUUACAGGGAUAUUUAAUUUUGUAAGGUAUAUGUAUAUUUAUAGUGCUGUAAUUAAUUGCACAUUGGACUGGAAAAGAGCGGGUGACCCAGGGUGUGGCAGCUAUCGGUACUCUCCGUUUCCUCGUGCUGUGUUCCACACGGGUCUCCAGGACGGGAUCAGGGCUCGCUCGUUUGUCUAUUGGACUCGGGUCCUUCGUUUUUGCUUUGGGUUCCCUUAUUAAAAUGUGAUUGUUAACCUGCUCCUUAAAAGGAAAACACUAAUUCUGCUGCUGCUCGUGGAAGGUUUGCUGAAUGUAUUUUAAACGGGACUCUGGCCCGUACACACUGCAGCUGUCCACUGUGGCCAAUGAUGAUACACCCACGUGUGUGGCCAGACCUUUACUGUAUGUAGCAGGAACGUAUUGAUUUGUGCUUCCUUAGCAAAUUGAAAUGUCAGCUGAGAGAUUAUCUGCUGCUGUUGUUCAAAAGGCCAUUUAUGAAAGUCGUAUUUGAACCCCAUGAAACCUUAGGAAAGCUUGUGAUCAUUUAACGGAAAGAAUGAGAAUUGAUCCAAAUUUCAUGUUAAAAGCUGUGCUCAGAAGGUCCGAGCUGAGGUUGGUCUCCUCCCAAACCCUGGCUGUUGUGUGUCGUCUCCGUGUGUCCGAGUUCCCUUUUUUCAGGCUGCACAUUCUGGCAUCUGUUCACCCGAGGAGUCCAUCGGCCUGCUCGCGUGCAAGGCGCCACCUAUCGGGGUCUCUCCUCGCCAUCCUCGUGCGUUGCAACAGAACCCAUGGAGCAUACGUGGCCUUUUUGAACCAAGACUUUGCAAACUGAUCUCUCCCCAGUAAGGAGUUGAGCACAUUAGCAACAAUGUACAUUAUUAAUUUCAGAUUUUCAUUUUCAUGUUUUAUUAUGUAAAUAUGAUCUGAUGUUUGGAGCUUGAGUAUACAGAAUGUAAAUAUAGUUCUUGUAUUUGUACUAAUUCUCGUUCUUUUGCUGUAUAGCCUUAGAUGUGCAAUGCAGACAUUAUCUAACUGUGUAUGGUAACCUUGCAUCACGGAACUAUUAGUGAACGAGGGAAAAAUAAUAAAGGUACAACCAGUGCAUCGGAA